GCAGCACGGUUUGUCCUGGUGACGCAGUUGGUUGCUAGGUGUGAAUGAACUGAUGCCGUCUCACAAUUAAACUGCUCCUCAGUUUACAGGUCGACCACAACAAAGCAACAACUGUCCCGGACAUUUAGAGCGAAAACAUGGCUCUCUGAACUUACUACGUGUUUGGACCCGAACAGAAGUCGUGCUUUGCUUUAGCAACGCACCUCCAAGAACUCUACACAUUUCUCUGCAAUAAUGGAGUUUCAUUAUGCUCACCCAGCCCUGCUCUCUGUGGCCCAUCUGUCAGACCCUGCUUGCUCUCAGCAUAUGCUUGGACUUGGACUGAAUCAAAGCACCAGCAGACAAAAUGAUGGCAACAUCAGCUCCUGUUUGGAAGAGUCUUCGUGUCUGCCCGGCAGACCCCCUCGCUCUCUCUCACCCACAGGCUAACCACAGCCAAUCACAGGGGUGCAGGGGGGAGGUGUCAGAGGAGAGUCAGCACUUAAUUGGUGAUGGUCUCACUGACUGGAUGACGGAAGAAGUGGAUUUCUCCUCGUACCUCCCAAACCCUCCUUCCCCUCCCUCCUCCACCAACGCCUCCCUUCCCCCUUCACCCCUUCACAAUGAUAUCCAGGUGCCCUCUGACUUGGAGGUCAUGACCUCUCUGCUGCAAGAGGAACUAGCCCAGCUGGAGGACUACUUCCUGUCCGAACCACUGCCGGAGAAAGGGCCCCGGCUGGGAAAAUGCGACAGGGGUCCACUGCCGGUGGGUCCCCAGCCGUUCACUCAGCUGCCAUACGCAUCAUACUCAACAUCUAGCCAAUCGGAAUCCAGCCCACUCCUUGUUACCCUGGCAACUGGAGAACUGGACCUGCUGAGCAUCUGUGGAGGGCCCAUUGGGCGAUCCAAAAUUCCACGACACGCCCCGUACAGCUGCAGUCGCCCCAGUGGGUGUGGUAGGAAAAGAGUCCCCGACAGUGUGAGGUUCAGUGAAAGCUACGAUAACAGUUUGUUGAGUUCCAAAGGAAGUAACUCAGGUAACUCAGCCGUGACCCUCACCGGUAGCUACGGCUGUGUUGAGGAGGAGCAGCUGGUAGGGAAGAGCUACUGUCUGGGUAGUGCAGUCGAGGUCAGACGAUGUGCUGUUCUACCAAAAGAAGAGAAAAACUGCUGCUUCAGUCAAGAUGUCAUAGGUGGUGCGAAGGUUGUUGGUGGUGGCUUCGGCUUUGGUGGAUCACUUGAUGUCCAACAUAAGAAGGAGGAUCUGCUGAUGUACAGCAUGAGGGAGGUCAGCGGGAGCAGCACUAACAACGAGGUGCUGAAUAGUAUCAAAGCAAGUGUGGAGGUCACAAAAGCUAGUGUAUCCUGGAAAUCAGAGAGCGGUGAGGGGUGUUAUAUUCCAACAACACCACAGUCGGAGGCCUAUCACAGCUUCCUAGGCACCAUCAAUGAACAGGUGAAGUCAGAGAGUCUGCAGAUAGGGCAGCAUGAUUUACACUGUAACUUCCUGGACGAUCCGGGUCCAGAGUGUCUCUUAAUGGCAAGGGAGAGUCUGAACCUAGAAACAUCGGGGCACAGACAAGCAUGCAGGCUAAAGGAAGACCACUGUGCUUUGAAAUACGAAGAGGACCUCUUACCAGCUGAAGGUGGCGAGCGCAAACAGAAGAAGAGAGAUCAGAACAAAACUGCUGCUCACAGGUAUCGCCAGCGGAAAAGGGCGGAGCUAGAUUCGUUGGAGGAUCAGUUGCAUUGCCUUGAAGGGAGGAACCGGGAGCUUCGGGACAAGGCAGAGUCGGUAGAACGUGAAAUCCAAUACGUCAAAGACCUGCUGAUUGAAGUUUACAAGGCUCGCAGCCAAAGGCUCAAGCAGGACUCAACAGCCUAACACCAAACUCCUGCAAGUACAAACAAAGCAGGCAAACAGGGAAAACGUUUGUGUCUUUAUGAUUGUCCAGAAUUGAAUGUUAAAUCUUUUUAUUUCAUGACAGACGGGGUAAAUGCAUGCUUGGCUAAUGUGAAUUUUUUUUUAACUUUUUAAAUCAACACUAUCCAAUGCUUCCAUUGCUUUCGCAAUUCUGAUCACUUGAGCCUGCACUGUGUUAUUGCAAUGCUUUAAAUGACAAUCAUUUUCAAUACAACUCGCACUGCGUAAAUCUAUGAAUUUAAAGAGUUUUUUUCUGAAAUAGUUAUGAUAUAUAAUGUGUAACGCAGGUUUAAUCAUUUCUGUAGCCUUACGUUGGAAUUGAUGUCAGCAAUAGAACUCAAGUUUGUUCUUUUUUUCCCCAAUAUUCGCAUCCUGUUCAAUAGCUUAUCAAGUACUAUUUGUUGUUUGUGUCAACAUGUAAAACAGCAUCAUCAUUUCUGUUUCAAUACAUUUAUCAAACCAAAUAUUUUAGAUGAGAAUUUACAGAACCCCUUAUAACAACAACUGUUAUUUCAAUCGCUAUGAAAAUGUCAAAUAUUACAAGCAUAGUGGAUGCAUUGACUUGUCAAUUGUUGAUGGAGAAGCUGAAAUACGAAGCAAAAUGUAGCAUUUUAUCAUUUUAACAUUGUUACAACAAACUUCAGGACAAUGUGUAAAGCAUGAUUUCCUUUUCCUUCUUUACUUUUAUAUUUUGCAGAAUGUCAAACUGCUUUUUUAUGAACUUCACUUGGUCUGAUUAGUUUUUUUUAUUACCCAUUAAUUAAAUCACCUGUCUUUUUCUUCUGCAGUGAUUGAAAAUAUGAAUGAAACUAUAAAAUCUGUGACCAAAAGGGACAUUUAUCAUUUGCACUGUUUUGAAAGUGGACACUGGAGUGGAUAUUUUAUGGUACUUUGUGGCAAAUUGUGUUGUUUUUUUUCUAUUGCAUAUUGCAAAUAAUACAAUCUGUUUUGCAGCUCAGGAUAUGCAAUUUGCUCUCCAGUGCAACAAAUUUGAAGGAUGAUGUGAUGCAGGAGUGUACAGACGUAUGUCCUUUAUUUUACGUGGUAAAGAUUUCACUGCUGUGGGUUCUCCUGAUGUUAAAAAAAAAAGGUUUUCUUCUGUACAAAUAUUGUAACUAUAGUGGAGAUCUAGCAGCCUUCCUCUGCAUGUUUUUCUCUCUCAUGGAAUAGAAAAUGUAGGAUUUCUGGACAAGUAGGAGACUCUUUCUCUAAACUGCUUGUUAAGGCAAUAAGUUUUCUAGGCCUCUGGCUGAUCUGCACUAAUUUGUAAGAACUUUUGUAUGUUCAGGGAGUGGAGUGUGUUAGCCUUUUCUUUGUAGAAAUUUAACUAAAAAAAUCUCAUUAGAUUAUUUGUGAAGGCGUUUAAAGUGUUAGCUUUGGUGUAAGAGGAUACUAUCUUAAAUUAUUUUUCAAAUUUUCUUUAUUGCUAAGCAAACAACCACAACUGUUACCGUUCAACAUGCCUAUACCGAGGGUAGAUUUAUUUCUAUGCAUAUUUAUUUUGAGACAAUCUUGGUAUGAGCGCUUGCUCGCCGACAUUAUUCAUACUGUUUGUUCAGUUCUUGUAAAGAAUUCCAUGUCACAUUGUUUGACCCCCUGCGGUGUACUAUCAGCUGCGAUUGUUACAACCAAAAAUGUGAAGUGAAGGCACAUAAAAUGCUUUGUAAUUUCAAGUUCACUUAUCCGUAAUGCACAUUUCCUGUGACGUCUUCUUUUUUUCCAUUAAGAAUAAAAAAAUCAUCAAACAGUG